UGGCUUCUUAAUAAAGGCAUGGGCGUAGACCUCAGCAGAAGCUUCUAAGCUGGAGGCUCCGUCGUUAAAGCAGUGGUUUAGCCUGGUCAGGGGAGCAAAAAGUGAGAAUCGGAGAGCCGCACCUUCAAGUGAUUAUCAACCAGGAAAUAGAAACAUUGUUAAAAUUAGACAAACUGCGGAAACAAGUAAGCGUCUUCUUGGAUUAGAAGAAACCCCACUCUGAUGGUGAGAGACCUGUUUCAUCAGUUAGUCUCUUCAGACUGAUCUCAAAAAGCAUCCGGAGGUCACAUUACUGCUGCUGACUGUAAGAAGAUCAAAUAGCAGGUUUUGACAAAACACGAAAGUGCAGAAAGACUCAUUAACAUCAGAUCGCCUUCAUCAUAGAAGAGAGAGAGAGGAAGAGCAAGUGUCCCUCCGGUUAGGUAUACCCUACACUCUCGACAUUAACCAAGAUGCCUGUGGUGAACACUUCCCCCCUCAUGAUCGUGCGGCUGAUUGCCUUGGUGCUGACCUGUGUGGCAUUUAGCCUGGUUGUGCACAAGGGGGGCUAUUCAGGUGGCACUGGGAGCUGGUGUAUGUUCUGUUGGUGUUUUAGUUUUUCUGGAACCCUCCUAAUUCUUCUCUUGGAGCUCUUUGGCCUUCAAGCACGGGCCCCUGUUUCAUGGCGAAACUUCCCCAUCACCUUUGCAAUGUUUGCAACACUCUUCUGCCUGUCUGCUUCGAUUAUUUACCCUUUGUACUAUCUAAACAGUAACCAAUACAUGAGUGAUGAGGUGCGUGACUACCGCAUUGCUGCCGAAGUUUUUUCUUGUCUGGCAGUGAUAGCCUAUGUGUGUGAGGUAUCAAUGAGCCGUGCAAGGCCCGGAGAGGUAACUGGUUAUAUGGCUACCGCCCCAGGGCUGCUGAAAGUCUGCGAGACCUUCAUAGCCUGUGUCAUAUUUGUCUUCAUCAGUAACCCUGUCUCUUAUGACAGACAUGAAGGUUUGAAAUGGUGCCUGGCAGUUUACUGCAUAUGCUUCAUCCUGUCAGCUAUAGUGAUUGUUCUCUGUGUGGGAGAGUGCACCAACUUCCUGCCCAUCCCCUUCAAUCGUUUUCUGAGUGGAUAUGCCUUGCUGGCUGUACUGAUGUAUGCCACAGCUACUGUUAUCUGGCCCAUCUACAACUUUGACAAGAAGUAUGCUCCCUACAACUCGCCUUGCUCGCAACCAAAAGGACUUUGUCCUAGAGACAAGUUAGUAGCCAUUGCUGUCCUCACUGCACUCAAUUUCUUGCUGUACUUAGCCGAUCUUUUCUACUCUGCAAGACUUAUCUUCAUUAAAGUCUAAAUAUAAGAACUGUGAUCAUCCCUUCCUUGUUUGAAGUCUUCACCCCUCACCUGCCUCCUAAGCAGCUAUCCUGUCCUGGCCGGAAUCCUGACAGCAGAUUCACGACCCUAAUGUUUUCACUGUGCUUUUUUUUUACAGUAUUUCCAGUAAAUGAAACUGUUAGUAUAUUACAAAUGGCCAAUAGCAGCCAUUUAAAGAUUGCCAAUUGACUUUCAGCCAUCUUUCUGAGACUGCUUUUAAUCUUUUUCCACAGCUUCCUAUGGGUGUUGUCAAACUGUGCUCAUUUGCAGAGCUUCAGAGCUUUCCAAAAAAAAAAAAAAAGUGAAACACUUGAAUAUGGCCGAGCAAUGCCUUCUACGCAUCUUCAUCAUUCAGAACUGGCAAAAGAAGCUGUUCAUUAUUUUACUGUUCACUGUUGUUAUUAUUUUUACUGAAUUUAGAAUUAAAUGUGUUUUUAUCUGCUCA